AUGUUUAGGAUUUGCGGGCAGGGUUAUUCUGCCUCUGCUUGCCGCCUUGACGUAACCCCUGAAACCUUCAGCAAGGUCCAAUCCAAUGUCACAACCCCUGUGGAACUGACAGAAUGGGCCAGCUCCGUUGAUUUCAGAGUUUGCACGCUACGAGAGAACGACUAUAUGGAGAACAGUCACGUGAAAGAGGUGUCCGACAGGAACUGGUGCUUUCAAGCUUCUCGUGAGACGACCUCCACAUCCUCGAUCCCAACCAAUAUUGAGAGCCGUAUCAAGGGAGGGCGAUUAACAACCAUAAUGGUUUUAUAUGCCGACAAAGAGGCGGCAGAUGGCGAAAAUAUCGAUUGGAUUCUCAGUGAGGUAUCCCGUCGAAACCAACAAGAAGAUAUCAGCUUCGUUGCAACGUUCACAUCUCUAGAAAUGGAGUAA